GGCAUGUAAUUGCGCAAAUGUGUGUGCGUGUGUGCCCGUACGUUAGUGUGCGUAAUUUGAUUGAAGUGUGUUUUAUACACAGUCCGGCCUGUGUAGAACAAUGUGACGGGUAAAAGGCGCAAAAAGGAAGAAGAUUCGUCUUUGACAGUUCGGUACCAACCAUUGGAUGGAUUUGUUUGUUUUGAUAUCGUAGCAACAGCGUUUUUCUUGGGCUGGCAAAAAUAAUAUGAUGUGCAAAUAAAGCGUAAUAUUACAUCUCCGUGAACACGUGUCUUUGUAGUCAUAUUCCACACCGUCUAGUCACGACAAUGGUCGUGUCAUAGCAGCUGCUAACUUUUCAGUACAGCUGCUGCUAAUACCAGGUUCUGGUUUUUGCGACAAAAAUAACACUCAAUUGGCGCUCCACUGUUCUGAUAGCUUGGCCUUUACUUGUGUGAAUUUCAUGUAAAGUUAUUAAUUAAGUAAAACAUGGAUUAGACUACCAUUGGACACCCAAUGUGAGUGAUUAUACCGUAGUGAAAACAAUUUCCUAGCCACUAUUACCCCAAACGGCGAAUACAUCAAAGAACCGAUUGGUACAAUGAGCAAAGAAAAGAUGUGGAAGGGAUUCGAUCAGCUUCUCGUUUCUCCCUCUGUUGCAUACAGAAGAUCAAGGCGAAGGCAGCAAAGUUCCCGGUCAAUUAAACAUGACAGCGUUUUGCACAUGCGAGAUCAGGAUGAUGGAUGGCAGAUAGAUGACCAUUCGGAUGAUGAUACGGCGCCUAGCGGUAGGCAUGGAAACGAAACAUUACCAUCCACAAUUACACCAUCCGUGCCACAAUCGUUAAAUCCUGCUGAAGUCACGAUUGAUUGCAGAAAUCAAUCCGAUUCGGAAAUUGAGCACAUAUCCGAAGAGGAUUGUCGGCCCCAGUAUGACACAACGUCCGAGUCUUCCGAUUCAGACGAUUGUCUAGCUAUUAAGUGCAGAAAGAGCAGAAUGACGAGGUUACAAUUCGUUGACAAAAAGUCAAUGAAACGACGCCGAAUAACAGACGAUAUGGACGUUUCUUUCUGUGCCGGUACGAGCCGAGCUAAAAAUCGUAUUUUCCCGGAUGCUGCUAGUCCAAAACGAUUCAAAGCCAUUGCUACGCUAAAUCGAAGCACAUCAGGGUUAAAUAACAGCGUGACUGGUACCGCUGGUGAUAGAUCCACACGUUGCUGGAAAUCUUUCGAUGAAUCGUUCACGGACCUACAGGAGAGUUGUAUAGAAGAGUUGCCUCCUUCACCCGAGAAUACUAAUAGCGGACAGCUUUCGCGUACGGAAACGCUUAACAUUGAUGCGAUACCAUCUUCGAUCGAAGAAAACAGUGGCGGAAAUCGAAAUUUAACAUCAGAUUUAUCCAUCAGUCUUCCCUCAAAGUCGUUUUACGUCGCAACUCCAGAAACUAAAAGUAAAAACAAACAUCAUCCCAAAAGUUCACCGCUGGGAGCACUGGCAUUGGUACUAAAUGAUCGAAGUUCCCGGCAACAGCUAUGGCAACACGCGGUAACGUCUGGUACGAUUCAACCGGAUCGCGUCGUAAAAUUAGAUUCCAUCGAGCGGGUUUUCGGGCGCGUCAUGUUACGGUUCUUCACUAGCACGAACGAAGCGGAUAGUUGCGUUCAGGAGCGGAUCGAAAAUAUAAUCUUUCUGGAUCAAGGCGAUAAACAGUUAAGAUUAAUUCACGCCGGAAUGGAAAUCGCGCUUGAAAUAGACGAACAAAUAGCACCUCAUCGCGUUUCGCACAACAAACUGGUGCACCUUGGCAUAACGAAACUGUGUCCCUUGCCUUCAAUUGCCAAAUAAAUACACACACAGCA